GUCACCGGCUGCGCCGCCUCCGGCCGGAACUCCGGGCCAGCCGGUCUCCAACCAGUUCCUCCUCCCGUGUUCUGGCUGCCCCUAGACCCCACAUCAAGGUAGAGCAGGAGGGCGAGGUGAGGCCAGAGUCGGUCAGUCUGGCUGGUGAAGGACACGAGGCAGGGCACGGCGGCGGGAGUGCGCGGCAGGGUCCGUCAGGAGGCCUGUAGGUACUUUGGAGCCAGGGACCCACCGCUGUCACCCGCAGGCGCGAUGAAGGCACUGAUCUUGGUAGGUGGGUAUGGGACACGGUUGCGGCCGCUGACGCUGAGCACCCCGAAGCCAUUGGUGGACUUCUGCAAUAAGCCCAUUUUGCUGCAUCAAGUGGAGGCGCUUGCCGCGGCAGGUGUGGACCACGUGAUCCUGGCAGUGAGCUACAUGUCACAGAUGUUGGAAAAGGAAAUGAAGGCACAGGAGCAGAGGCUUGGAAUCCGAAUCUCCAUGUCUCAUGAAGAAGAGCCUUUGGGGACAGCUGGGCCUCUGGCACUGGCCCGAGACCUACUCUCUGAGACUGCAGACCCUUUCUUCGUUCUCAACAGUGAUGUGAUCUGUGAUUUUCCUUUCCAAGCCAUGGUGCAGUUCCAUCGACACCAUGGCCAAGAGGGCUCCAUCUUGGUAACCAAGGUGGAAGAGCCUUCCAAGUAUGGUGUGGUGGUAUGUGAGGCGGACACAGGCCGCAUUCACCGUUUUGUUGAGAAGCCGCAGGUAUUUGUAUCCAAUAAGAUCAACGCAGGCAUGUACAUCCUGAGCCCUGCUGUACUGCAGCGCAUCCAGCUGAAGCCUACAUCCAUUGAGAAGGAGAUCUUCCCAGUUAUGGCCCAGGAGGGGCAGCUAUAUGCCAUGGAGCUUCAGGGUUUCUGGAUGGACAUUGGACAGCCCAAGGACUUCCUCACGGGCAUGUGCCUCUUCCUGCAGUCACUGAGGCAGAAGCAUCCAGAGAGACUAUAUUCAGGCCCUGGCAUUGUGGGGAAUGUACUCGUGGACCCAAGUGCCCGUAUCGGUCAGAACUGCAGCAUUGGCCCCAAUGUAAGCCUGGGUCCUGGUGUGGUGGUGGAGGAUGGCGUGUGCAUCCGGCGGUGCACGGUGCUUCGGGAUGCUCACAUCCGCUCCCACUCCUGGCUUGAGUCAUGUAUUGUGGGCUGGCGCUGUCGUGUGGGUCAGUGGGUGCGCAUGGAGAACGUAACAGUGCUGGGCGAAGAUGUCAUAGUUAAUGAUGAACUCUACCUCAAUGGAGCCAGUGUGCUGCCCCACAAGUCUAUUGGGGAGUCGGUGCCAGAGCCUCGUAUUAUCAUGUGAGGGAUAUAGAGGGCUGGCCACGCCCCCUCUUGACCCUCAGCUGUGUAGCAGUCACUCAACACUUCAGAAGACCCUGGACACGGUGCCAUUUGUCUAGGGAGGAAUGGGGGAAUCUGAAGCUGUUGGACAUCUGCUUCUGAUGGGGACAGAAACUGACAGGAUCCUGCUGAGCAUAACCCGCAAGCCCCACUCCCACAAGAAGAGCUGGGGCCAGGGCUGUAUGGAAUAAUAAUUUAAUGCUCACUGUAGCCUGGAUUGCAAGUCAAGCUCAGGCAUGAUGAGGCUGGGCUCCCACCAAUGGGGCUACACACAGGCAGAUGGAUGGAGGUGGGAAGAGUGAGGGUGAUGGGAAACGGGGCCGGAAGAGCUCAUAAGCAGAGCUCGGUCUGGGUCUGAUGGUGGAGGCCCAGGAUGGUGCGAGCUGUGUGCAUUCGGCUGGCCUAGGCAGCUGAGGAGGUAGCACUUGUGCUGGCUGCCUUGUCCCAGUCCUCUACAGAUGCAAUGGUGGUUUUGCAGAAGAAGCAGUCCUUGUUGUUCAUCAGGUGCUGGUUGAUGCAGGCUCUACAAGAGGGGGGUGGGGUGAGCCCUGCCUGUGUGUCCUAGUUGCCUCCCCAAGUCCAUGGGGCCCACUUACUUGCAGGACUUGUGGCCACAAGGCUGGAACACCGCGGAGAUGGGGUGGGCGUAGCAGAUGGGGCAGAGGUCCUCUUCACUGGUGGGCUAUGGGGUGGAGAGUGGAGAGUGGGUUGGGGCUGUACCUGUACCUACCCUCGUGUGCACAAAUGUAUUAAAAUGGCAUGAGCCUG